AUGGCAGCUAAGAUAUUUGCCCUUCUCGCUCUCCUUGCUCUUUGGGCUAGUGCCGCUACCGCGGUCGCUAUUCCGCGGUUUUAUUCUCCAUUUGGUGUUCCUAACGUAGCCACUAUUCCACAGUUCUUCCCACAAGUGACCGUUGCGGACUCCGCAUACUCGUUCGUGCAAUCCUACAGGCAACAAGAAGCUUUUGUGGGAGGCAUUUCACCCUUAUCGGCUGUGAUAUCGCAACAUCCAUUGGCCAUCUCACAGUUUCCAUACCUAUACAACCAACUUGCCGUCCCACAGUUGCCAUACCUAUACAACCAAAUCGCCAUUCCACAGCUACCGUACAUAUUCAACCAGCUACCUCACCUAUACAACCAAUUUGCCAUCUCACAGGUGCCAUACCUAUACAACCAAUUGGCCAUCCCACAGCUGUCAAACUUAUACAACCAACUUGCUUUUACGAACCCCACGGCCUUCUUGCCAUUCAACCAACUGGCUGUGAGGAACCCCGCUGCAUUCUGGCAACAACCAAUCAUUGGUGGUGCUUUCUUUAACCAAUUGGCUGUGAGGAACACUGCUGCAUUCUGGCAACAACCCAUCAUUGGUGGUGCCUUCUUUUAG